CGCGGGGCCCCCCGCGCUCCCGCCCGCCGGCACCCCCCUCCUCCCCAUUUUUCUCGGGUGAGUCAGCGGGGGCGCAGGGGAGCCGGGCCGGGCGUUCCUGCCUCCCGUGCGGGUCCCGCUGCCGCCGCGGGAGCAGGCAAGUCGGGGCAUCGCCGCGCAGGCGGAGGUGGAUGCUUGCAGCCGAGCGCGGCCGAGCCUGCAGGGGUGCAGGCGUCGCGCGGGGGGAGGCGGCAGCGGGCGCCUACCCCCGCGUGUUAGGAGCCGGCUGAAGGUCUAUUUUUUUCCCCCCACUCUGGCUGAGCAAAGAGCCGCGUCCCCGGCUCCGGCAGCUCUGGCAGGGAGCUUGCCCGGCCCCUGCAGCGCAGCAUCCCACCGGCACCGCGGAUCCGGGGCUCUGCGGGCCCCAGCCAGCUUCCUCCGGGGGCUCAGCUCUGCCCCCGCCGCCGUGCAGCUCUUCCCGUUCCCGUCUCCCUGCCGCUGUCCCGGCUCUCUGCCGGCGAGCCGGGGCCGGAGCAGCGUGCCGGCCGGAGCCAAGCGAGCAGGGCUGAAGGCAGCGCGUCCGGGCUGCCCGUCCCCGGCGCCUUCCCGGGGCUGUGCCUCACCGGCAGGUGCUCCUCUGCCCGUCCUGGGCGCCUGCGGCGUACGGUACCGGCUCCGAGCAAGGCGCCCGGCCCAGAGAGGCCUGCGGUUCCUCUCCAGCAGCAUCGUGCCGCCGCGUGCGGGAGAGACACGUGUGCUCGAGGGACGCCGGCCCCGCGCGGGCCGCGCGCUGCCGGCACGGGCUGCAGCUGCGCCGGCUUCCCCGGCCGCCUCCGCCGCGGGAUCGGGCCUCUCCGUCCGGCUGCCUCUUCUCCAGGCCGUCUUGUAGCCGGCCGAGGCUGCCGGGACGCGGGGAGUUUGGGGAGGAGAGAGCCAAGGUCACAGGGGAUGGAGGAGAAGAGGCGGCCUCGGUCCGUGCACUGCCAGCUCCCGGCACGAAGCUCGUCCGGGCUUCGUGGUGCUCUCCUGGGGAUCCUGUCCGGAUCGCCCCACCGGAGGCAUCCUGCCUCCCCGCUUCCCAGUGAUACUGAGCUCCGCUGUGCCGCCCGGCGCCUGGGGCUCUCGGCGGGUCGGGGGCUGAACCGCCCCGGAGCCGGCGCGCUCGUCCCUCUUAACCUGCCCCGGGUGCCGGCACGCAGCCGCCUGGCGCUGCAGGGGGAUCCCUGGAGCUCCCGCGCCUCGUGCCUGAGCAUCCCCGCGGGAAGGGGCUCCGCGGGGCUGAGCCCCGGCGCGGGGCUGGAGGAGGGGUGCAGAGCGCCUUCUGCUCCGGUGCUGGCCUCUCCAGAAAAGAGGCUAUGUGGCGUCUUCCCAGUUCGCCACAUAGCUGCGGAGGAGAGCAACUGGUUUGCAUGGCUGGGGGGGGGGGUGGAUUCCCACCCGGACAGCAGCUUCCCUGGGGGCAAGAGGCAGGAGUCCGGGAAACCUGCGGGUCUCUGCCGGUCCCAGCCUUGGAUCCAGGCAGGAUCGAUCCCUCUGGCUGCGUGUGGGGCGGGAGACAGGGGCCCCGGGGGUGCCUGGCCCUCGGGAGCAUCCGUGCGGGAGGGGAGGAGAGCUCCGGCUUUCCUCCUCCCGGGAAGGAGGCGCGUGGGGAGGGGGCGGCCGGGGCCGUCCCCCGGUGCCGCCGCGCAGCCUCCCCCCUCGGCUCCCUCCCGCUCCGCCGGCUCAGCCUUCCCCAGCCUCGGCCACGGCCGCGCCGCCGGCAGCGGCUCCGCUCGGCCGAGCAUCCUCCCGGCGGCCGGCCGGAGCGGAGCCGCCCCGGCCCUUGGGACCGGAGCCUUUCCCCGGGCAGCAUGGUGGUUUUCCUGGGCAGGAACCUCUCCUCGCUCCUGGCCUUCUUCAAGAAGAAGGGCGCUGCCAAGCCCGACACCGACAAGCGGCUGAGCGCGCAGUAUGCGGCGGCGGACGAAUGCCCCGACAACGUCUUCUUCCCCAGCACGCCGCGGCCCCCGCACCUGGAGGAGCUGCACAGCCAGGCGCAGGCGGGGCUCAAAUCCCUCCAGCACCAGGAAAAGCAGAAACAUACCAAAAGUGCCUGGGACCACGGAGACACCAACAGCCUGCAGUCCGGCGCAUCCUCGGAGGAUGACGGUGUCUCCUUCCGGAGCCGGGCGGCCUCUUGCGCCACGGACAGCACCUCCGAGGACGCCCUGUCCAUCCGCUCCGAGAUGAUCCAGCGGAAAGGUUCCACCUUCCGGCCCCACGAUUCCUUCCCCAAAUCCUCGGAGAGGGCUGGCAAGAAGAGGAAGGAGAGGAGGACAACGGUGCUGGGCAUCCCCCAGCACGUCCAGAAGGAGCUGGGUCUCAGGAACAGCCGGGAGCCCAAGGGACAUCCUGCUAACGGCCAAGCGCAGGCCGGGCACGGGGGCAGCCGGGUGUCGCAGCCCUUGCUGAACGGCGGCCAGGUCUCCGGUGACUCCAUCCGCAUCCCCACCAUCGACGGGAAGCUGCAGCCGCCGGCUGCCCCCGAGGGAGCCCGCGUCUCCCUGGGAGCCUUGGAGGAGGCGGACACGGCCCUGCAGAAGCACAUCGACCGGGUUUACUACGACGACACGUUGCUGGGCAGGAAGACGGCGGCCAAGCUGUCGCCCAUGGCGAGGCCCAAGUCGCUGGCCGUGCCGGGCAUGACCACCAACGCCAGCCCCCCGGAACUGCUGAGCCCCGUCCUGUCCAUCUCGCCCCAGGGCACCUACAUGUCCAAGAUCAUCCCCAACGCCAUCCUGCCGCCCAUGGUGGACGUGGUGGCCCUGACGCGGAGCAGCGUGCGGACGCUGAGCCGCUGCAGCCUGGUGUCCAGCCCGGCCUCGGUGCGCUCCUUCGCCCGCUUCUCGGAGCGCAGCGCCCGCAGCCGCGAGCCCUCCUCCUCCAGCGACAACUGGAGCCACUCGCAGUCCACGGAGACCAUCGUCUCCAACAGCUCCACCAUCUCCUCGCAGGGCGGCUCCGACCGCCAGCAGGCCGAGGCGGGCGCCCGCGGCGGGGCCGAGGCGGGGGGCCACGCCGACGCCGACCGGCUCAGCGCCUCCGGCUCCGCGGCUCGCGGCUCGCCCGCGGCGGGACCCGGCGGCAGCGGCCGCGCGUCGCCCGCCUGCAGCGCCGGCAGCCGGGCCGAGGGCUCGGACACCGCCAGCCUGGCGAGCGAGCGCUCCUCCGCCCGCAGCGUCUCCCUCAGGAAGAUGAAGAAGCCCCCGGCUCCCCCUCGCCGGACCUACUCGCUGCACCAGAGAGCGGAGGGGGAGCCCGCGGCGCUGGGGCUGCCCCCCAGAUGCGAGCGGCGGCCCCCGCGGGACAGCGGCGCGCCGGGGUCCCCGCGCCCGGCGCCCCUCGGCCCGCCGGCCGACGACGAGGUCUUCUCGCCGGGCGACGCCGGGCGCCCCGAGGCCUCGCGGGGCGGCCCGGGGGCUGCGGCGCCGAGGGAGCCCCCGGCCCAGCCCGGGUGGAGCUGCCCCGACGGCUCCGACCGCACCAUGUCCCCCUCCAGCGGCUACUCCAGCCAGAGCGGGACGCCCACGCUGCCGGCCAAGGCGCUGGGCGCCCAGCCCCAGAAGCCGGAGCGGGUCUGCUCCCUGCAGUCGCCCGCGCUCUCCGGCUCGUCCUCCCUCACCUCCAUCUCCUCCUCGGCCUCGGACCCGGCGCCCGCCGAGACGCCGCCCUGCCCGCAGAGCCGCUCCGACCGCUUCGUCAUCCCGCCGCACCCCAAGGUCCCGGCUCCCUUCUCCCCGCCGCCCACCAAGCCCCGGCUGCCCGCCGGCCCCCUCGCCGCCUCCCCGGACCCGCCGGCGCCCGGCCAGCAGCUCCCGACGCCGGCCAAGCCCGGCGGCAAGUCCCCGCCGCCGUCUCCGCCGCCUGCCUACCACCCGCCUCCGCCGCCGGCCAAGAAGGCCGAGGCGAGCCCCGAGCCGGCGUGCGAGGCCCCCGCGGACGCCGCGUGGCCCCCGCCGCCGCCGCCGGCUCCCGAGGAGCAGGACUUGUCCAUGGCAGACUUCCCCCCUCCGGAUGAGGCUUAUUUCUCCAGCUUGCCGCUGCCGGAGCCCCAGCCGGCCGCUCCCCGCAGCGAGGCCCCGCAGCAACCGCCGGCCGCGCAGAAGCGGGCGCCGAGCCCGGGGCACGGCUCGGCGCCGGCUCCGUCUUUCUCGGCCAUCGUCUCCUCCCGGAUCCAGCAGCAGGGCCCGCCGGGCGGGACGGUGCCGCCGGCUCCCCCCGCGGAGCCGGCUCCCGCCGCGCCGCCCGGGAAAGCCGCGGGCCCGGCCGUGCCCCCCGCUCCGCCUCUGCCGCCGCCCGCGGCUCCGGCUCCGCCGGCCCAAAACGGCCUCAAGAAGGCGGCGAACGGCUCCCGGGCGGAGGCCAAGAAGGAGGCGGCGUCUCGGGCCAAGAGCGGCCCCGUGCCCAAGGAGGACGCCAGCCUGCCCAUCGUCACGCCCUCGCUGCUGCAGAUGGUGCGGCUGCGCUCCGUGAGCGUGGAGCCGCCGGCCGCGGCGGGCCCCGGCCCGCAGGAGCGGCCGGCCCAGCCGGUGCCGCAGAAGCCCGUCCGCCGGUCCCUGUCCACGCGGCAGCCCUCUCCUCCCAAAGACGCGGUGCCUUCCAGCCGGCUCCACGACGCCGUGCACGGCAAGGCCGCCGGCGCCGCCGCGGAGCUGGCGUCUUCCAGGCCGCCCGAGACGCCCCCGGGCAGCAAGGCGGCUCCGCCGGGGCCCGCGGCUGCCGGCCCCGAGGGGGCCCCCGGGGACGGCCGGGUCUCCCCGCUGCACAAGUCGCCAGCCUCCACCGCCAGCUUCAUCUUUGCCAAGAGCGCCAAGAAGCUGGUGCUAGAGCCGCCGUCGUCGCCCGAGGCGCAGGCCGACCUGAAGAGGAACCUGGUUGCCGAGCUGAUGAAUUUCUCCGGGCAGCGCUCGGCAGCUCCCGCCCCGCAGGGCUCCGGCAAGGCGCAGGCACCCCGGAAGCCCAGCAAGAUCCCCCCUCCUGUAGCCAAAAAGCCUUCGCUCGGCCCGGGGCCACUUCCGUCGCCCCUGAGCCCCAAGGUGCCGGGGACGGAGGCGCUGGGCUCGGCCUUGCCGGCCGGGAAGGCGAAGGCGCUCACGGCAGAAGAGACCGGGACUCGGAGCGAGGCGGCUGGGAACGCGGCCCCUGCAGCCGAGGGCGGCCCCGCUGCGGUGGAGACGCCGGCGCAGAGCCUCCCUGCGCGAGACGGACGGGGAGAGACAGCUUGAAGGACAAAGCUGCAGGACCGGUGCCCCCGCGGACAGGAAUCCAAAUCUCUCAGGGACCUGGGCAGGUCAAUGGACGAGUGUGGAACUGGCGAUUAACUUAAUGCAGGAAGCAAACAGCCUUAGCCUCCACGGCCUUGAUGAUAUUUAUGCAAAAAUGGUGUUGGUUUUACUUUCCUAAGUACUACAGCUUUAUUUUGCAUUUUUUUUUAUUGGACUCGAGGCCUGUGCUCAGAGCCGGCACCUCCUCCCUGCCGGGCUGCAGCUUGGUUUGAGCGUGCGGAGCAGAGCAGCCGCGCAGAGAGGAGCACGGGGGGGCUGAAGACACCUCGCCCUGCCAGCCGGCGAGGCUGCGGGACGACGCGCGGCCCUGCCUGGCCGGGGCUCGGUUUCACACCUGGAGGAGCCGCUCUGCUCCCGGCUAGCCGGGCCUGCGAGGAAUCAAAGCACUUUGGAUGAGGGAACUGGAAGGCUUCAGCCACAGCAAAGCGGAGGCUCAGCUGGCCCUGGUCGGACUCGGACAGGAGCAGGGAGACGGGACGGAGGAGCCAACUCGAGCAGCGCUGGCUGGGAGGGAGCAGGAUCUCUGCCUGGCGCACAGAGCCUGCAGGGGCAGAGGCAGCCGUGGUAAGGGGAGGAUUUGGCCAGCACCUGGACCCCAGACACUGCCACAGAGCCAGGCUGAGGCCGCGUUCUCUCCAGGGCAGCUCUGUGCUUGCCCUGCUGCCAGGCAGGGCCAGGGCUCAGCAGCACUGGGAGCUCCCUGCGGUGGGAGCCACCCUGGGUGAAGCGGGAGCCUGGCUGCCCUGCGAGCUGGUGUUGAAGCCCUGGGCUCUGGGGUAGAGUCUCGAUUUCUGUUUCUGUAAACUUGGGUCACGUUUUGAUUUGAUUGUAAAAAAAAAAAAAAGACAAAAAACAAAAAGCAGACAACCCUCUGCUACCGAGUAGCUGCUCAGAGCUCUGUACCUGGCUGGUAAAGAUGAUGACCAAA